AGUGGACAUGCGCAGUUGGUACCAUAACCGCCAUUUUUGAAAUCAUUGUUUUGGAGGCGGUGUCGGUGUUUUCAGUUUUGGCGACUUUAUUUUUGCCUUUUCUGCGUUUUCUUCGCUAAGGGGAAACAUCAAGGACAUCGAUCAUGACGUCUGUAUUGGAGGACCCCACCCUGGAGAGACAUUUCAAGGGACACAGAGACACAGUCACUAGUCUGGACUUCAACCCAAACAUGAAGCAACUUGCCUCAGGCUCCAUGGACUCCUGUCUCAUGGUCUGGAACUUUAAACCUCAGAUGAGAGCCUACAGAUUUGUUGGACACAAGGACGCGGUGAUGUCCGUGGUGUUCUCUCCCUCGGGACACCUGGUGGCCUCUGCCUCACGAGACAAGACAGUCAGGCUGUGGAUACCCAGUGUGAAGGGAGAGUCCACAGUGUUUAAGGCUCACACUGCUACAGUACGGAGUGUGGACUUCUCUCCCGAUGGACAGGCUCUGCUCACAGCAUCGGAUGACAAGUCCAUCAAGGUUUGGACAGUUCACAGACAGAAGUUUCAGUUUUCUCUCAACCAACACAUGAACUGGGUCAGGUGUGCCAGGUUUUCUCCAGAUGGACGUAUGAUUGUUUCUGGUAGUGAUGACAAGACAGUCAAACUGUGGGACAAGAACACUAAGGAGUGUGUGCACACCUUCUUCGAACAUGGAGGGUUUGUGAACAGUGUAGCGUUCCAUCCCAGUGGUACGUGCAUUGCAGCAGCUGGUACAGACUCUACAGUUAAGGUGUGGGACAUCAGGACUAACAGACUACUGCAGCACUACCAGGUCCACACUGCAGCUGUGAAUGGUCUGUCCUUCCAUUCCUCUGGAAACUACCUCAUCACAGCCUCCAACGAUUCAACACUGAAAAUCCUGGACCUUCUGGAGGGGCGACUAUUCUAUACUUUACACGGCCACCAGGGUCCAGCUACAACUGUUGCCUUCUCCAGGGCAGGGGACUUUUUUGCAUCUGGUGGUUCAGAUGAGCAGGUGAUGGUGUGGAAGACGAAUUUUGACCAGGUAGACUACAGUGAGGUGCUGAAGUCUCACAAGGCCAGGACUGAACAGCCCCAGCCUCCUCCUCACAUCCACGACAUCCCUCCCCGCUCCCCACACACGGUCAGACAGGUCCCCAGGCCUGCAGUACCACAGCUUGAUGCGCGGAGUGAGCCCCGUAACCUGGAGGUCCCCAGUCCUGAGGUGGUGGAUGUGGGGCCUGCCCUCUUCUCUAACCCACAAACUACUGCAGCAGGACAGAACAGCACGGUGCCCCACAGCCUGGCUGACUUCUCCCUCACAUCCGCUGACGUGGCCAUGCGGGACCCAGUACACGCACCGCCCGCGCCGUCUGUGGGAGCGACACAGCCCCUGGAGAAGCAGACCAUCCCACCCCAGCUGGCCAACACGCUGGAGCACAUCGUGGGACAGCUAGACGUGAUCACACAGACCGUGUCUAUCCUGGAACAGAGACUGUCCAUGACUGAGAACAAACUGAGAGAAGCCCUCGACAAUCAACAGAAGAUCACUCUACAAGUCAGACCUACUGACUAGGAAUGAUUUCACAUGUAUUAUUGAUUUCUUCUUGUACAGACUAAGUGUGAUAGUUGUAGGCAAUUCCUGGGUUAAAACACUAAGGUAGACAAAAAGGAAAGGGGUUUACAGACAAAUGUAUUUAAGGAUUUUUGAUGCCUAGAUACCAGGCUUGCUACAUUCCAAAAGAUUCUAGAAAAAUGACUGGUGCCUUAAAAUUGCUGUACAUUGGUCAGACUGGGUCUUCACAUUUUAGUGGUCAUUCCUCAAAUCGUAAUGAAAAAUGGCUGGUCUUUCCUUUACAAAUAGACACCUGGUCACCAAACAUGUGUCCAGUACCUUUCCAAAAUUGCUGGCAAAGAUUUAAACACACAAGAAUGGUUUGAUUUGUAAGAGUAUUAGUGUUGUCUUUGACACUGUUGUAGCAUUUCAAAUGUGUACAUACAUUGUAUUUCUUAUGAACAUGUUACAGAUAACCUACAGAAGUUGGUGCCUUACACUAGACUUGUGCCUUGAAAACACAUAAGAUAAGUCUCUAUUUUGGUGUGUGAGUGCCAGUGCUAUUUAUAUGUAACAUACAUGUUGUUAUGUCAUUUCUGUUUCAUUUUUUUUUACCUUCUAUAUUCAUAAAAAAGUUGUGUUCCCAUCCACAUGAGGGUGUGGUAAUUAUAUCAUAUAAGCUGUAAAAAUUUAUUUACAAAUUAGGACAAGGGGACCAACAAGAUGAUGUAGGUCUCUAGUUGUGUUGCUUCAUUGCUAGAGAGGGUAACUACUAUGUAUAGUAGCUGUCAAAAAUAGAAUGUUUCACCUCUGAUCAUACCGGAUAAUGGAGCAAUAGAUGAUAUUUUUAAAAUGUGAAACCAUUAAAAAGCCCCUUUCAACAUUAGAUGCAGUAAGUAUUAGCACUCAUAACCCAACAUGAGCAGCACUCCCUUGUCCUGCCUCAGGAUAUUUGUCAUUAGCUUAAUGGCUACUCUUUAUGAAGUGGUUCCUCAACAGUACUGAACACAAAGUGCCUGCUAAGUGCUGACUGCUGUCCUGUUUUGUUGGAGGAAUUCUAAGAUAUCAACCCUCCACAUUUCCCCAGGCUUAACCAACAGAGCAACUUGAAACGUUGUGAAGAACACAGCUGGAAACAAAACUGUCUUCUGUUUUGUACUCCAAAAUGUGAUAUCUUAAUGAGAUAACUCUGUGGUUCUAAGAUCAAAAUGCCAGAGUUUUUAUACUUUCAGUGUUUGAAUGAAUUGAACCUCUUUGCAGGAUUGACUUCCUAUUGGGAAGUUAGUAUAAUAUAGUUUGAAGUUACAUACAUUCAAAUCUUUUGAUCAAUGUAAAUAAAGACGACAGUACUUUACACAA